AUGGAUAUCGGAGGCUCAUAUGGACUUAGUGGCCCAAACAUUACUAUUAGAGAGCUCACAAAAGAUCGCAUCACAUUCAUUUUGAGCGAUACCGACUUGAGUGUUGCAAACUCUCUUCGUCGAGUUAUGAUUGCUGAAGUCCCUACAGUUGCUAUUGAUAUGGUUGAAAUUGAAACAAACACUACUGUCCUUGCUGAUGAAUUUUUAGCACAUCGUCUUGGUAUGGUUGCUAUCGACAGUAGAGAUGUGGACAAAUUACGUUAUACUAGAGAUUGUACUUGCUCUCAAUAUUGUCCUGAUUGUUCAGUAGAAUUAACGCUUCACGUCAAAUGCACGGAUGACAGAACAAAAGAUGUCACUACCAGAGAUCUUACAUCAUCCAAUCCUUCAUUUAUGCCAGUAUUACAAGACAAGGAUGAUUCCGGCGUAUUGUUGGUUAAAUUGCGUAAAGGACAUGAAUUGAAAUUGAAGUGUAUUGCCAAAAAGGGUGUUGCAAAGGAACAUGCUAAAUGGAGUCCUGUCAGUGGUGUCUCCUUUGAAUAUGAUCCAUACAACAAAUUAAGACACACUACAUAUUGGUUUGAAGAGACAGAGGAUGAAUGGCCAUUGAGUAAAAACGCACAAUUCGAAACACCACCUGACAAAGAUGCUCCCUUUGAUUACAACGCUAAACCAGACAAAUUUUAUUUUGAAGCAGAGACUGUUGGAUCAUUAGCACCUGAGGAGGUUGUUACAAUGGCAAUGAAGACAUUAGUAGAUAAACUCGCUUAUGUUCAAAUGCAAAUCCAAGAAGAGGUUGAUACAAAGGAGCAAGAUAAUGCUAAUGCUUGGAGCAACUAUUAA